AUGAAAUUGUUUAAUUUUUUGUAAAAACAAACUAGUAAUGAACAUCAUAUAAUAUAUUCAAAUAAGGAUGAAUAUCAUGGUAUUAGUAUUGAUAAAAUUGUAAAGGGGAAAUGAAAGACAAUAUGAAACAUGGAAAAGGAGUAUAUAAGUUUACCAAUGGAAAUCGUUAUGAAGGAGAGUGGCAAUUUAAUGAAAAACAUGGAAAUGGAAAAUAUUUUUACAAUAGUGGAGAAUUGUAUAUAGGAUAGUGGUAACAUAACAAAAAGAAUGGACAUGGACAGCAUUUUGGAAUUUAUGGUGAUAGAUAUGUAGGAUAAUGGGUGAAUAAUUGUAAACAUGGAAGAGGAACAAUCUAUUAUACUGAAAAUUCAAUAUAUUCUGGUAAAAUUAGAGUAAGAGUUUAGGUGAAUUUUUUGAAAAUAAGAAACAUGGUCCUGGUUAUUAUUACAAUUCAAAUACAAGAGAGUUGACUUAUUAAUUAUAUGAUAAUGAUAAAUUAAAAGAGUAAAAAAUAGUACAUGAAUAUCCUGUUGAAUUUGAAAAUGUGUUUUCUGCAUUUUUAGCUAGAGACAAUAAUAUAAAACAUCCUCAAGAAUUACCCAAUAAUAAAUAACUAGAGGAAUUACACUAAAUUUAGCAGGAAACACAUGGAAUAGAAAAGUUAAAAGCUUUAAAUGAAACUGAGAUACUUAAAGGGAAAAAGAAAAGUAUUUAAAUCUUAUAUUAUAUUUUUAUUUAUUAGUGUAGGAUUGGAAUAUAGAUGAAGUUUGUACUUGGUUAGAUUGUUUAGGAUUAUCAUAAUACAAAGAGAAUUUUAUAAGAAAUCAUAUGAUAGGAGAUACUUUGCAUGAUUUAACAGAUGUUGAAUUAAAAGAAGAAUUAGGCAUUGAAAUAUUAGAACAUAGAAAACUCAUACUUCAGUAAAUCA